AUGACACAAGUAGUGUUUCGAGUUCCGCUCUCGCCUCAAGAACAGGAGGUUUUUGGAAAAGAAUUCAAAAAACUAGAUCCUGAAGAUCUUGGAAUUGUGACGGGCGAGGCCGUGAAACCGUUGUUUAGCCAAUCAGGACUUAGUGCACAAGUGCUGUCGCAAAUUUGGGCUCUUUGUGAUAGUGAAAACCAGGGGUUUUUGAACCUUGCACAGUUUAAUGCUGCUAUGAGACUCAUUGGCCAUUUACAAACAAAUCCCACGGCACCUGUCUCUCCCGAGCUAUACCAAACUCCAGCACCUAAGCUACCACUUGUAUCGGCCCCCACGGCCAACCUUUCUGCUGUUAGCACCGGGUCUUCGAAUCCUAGCUCAGUUCCGGCGAUAUCUCCGUAUGACGUCGCCAAAUUUUCCCAGCUUUUCGAUCGCUCGACUGAGGGAGCACCAAACUUAGCUGGCGACAAGGCCCGGGAAAUCUUCUUGAAGGCCAAAUUGCCAACUCCUACUUUGGGAUUGAUCUGGAAUCUCUGUGACAGAAAUAACUCAGGCACGCUAGAUAAAUCGGAGUUCAUCAUGGCAAUGCAUCUCAUCCAACUUGCCAUGGUCAAUAACCCAGCCAUCGGAACGCUUUCAGAUAGGCUCCCCAAGUAUCUGUGGGACUCAAUCAAUAUGCCCAUGGGGGCGAAACCGGUCGUGAGUACCAAUUCGACUGGUGCCUCGCUGAACUCACCAGUUUCUCGCCAACCUUCGCUAAACCGAGUUCCUUCCAGCACCUUUUCGAAUGCCGCGUCGGACUGGAACCUGUCUUUUGAAAAGAAACAACAGUUCGACGUCAUUUUCGACUCCCUGGACAAAAAUAAAGCUGGCACUUUGGGAUCCCAGAUUUUGGUACCAUUCUUUCUAUCUUCAAGACUGAGUCAAGAUAUUUUGGCAACCGUAUGGGAUCUCGCUGACAUUCACAACAAUGCCGAGUUUUCUAAGUUGGAAUUUGCAAUCGCGAUGUUUCUGAUCCAGAAGAAAAAAAGUGGUAUUAAUUUACCUGACGUCGUUCCCGAUCAACUAUUGCAAUCACCUGCUCUAGGUUUAGAUGCUUCUCAGACCUACCAGAAUGCAUCGAGCCCAUUACCAUCUGUUCCAUCCAGAGAUACAAAACCUUCUUUUGCAGAUGCAACGCAAUCUACUGAGAGAAGUCAAAGCGCCUUAGGGGACCUACUGACUUUGAAUGAAUCUUUCUCGUCUCCUAGGCCCAUGCCCACUCGUUUGGCAUCUGACGCCACUGCGCAAUCGGUCACAUCUGUUCAAUCCCCAACUCGCUCCGACACAAUGAUGGGUACCAGAAGAUUUCAGCCGUCGUCGACGUUUGGCCAAAGUAUUAUACAGGAAGAACCAGCAACAGGAACGCCAGAUUUGCAAUCUGAUUACAAAGCACAGGGAUCGUACUUCAAUCCACCAGUUAGCAAUCAAAAUCAGGGUCUAGUUUCGCAGCAGCCACAGAUGCAAACGGAUCAGCAACAUGUGUACCAGCAGCAAGCAUUCCACGUCUCUCCGCAGGAAAGCCAGUCUCCUCAGGCUCGUGGUGUCACCCCUGCUCCAUACUCGGGUACUUCUACACACAUGGCACAAUCCCCUGUUUCUCAAGUUCCUCCUACUACACAGCAACCUUCAAUAUCAUCCUCUUUGCCUAGUGUUCCAAAUUUCUUGUCACCACCCCUACAGCAAGGAUCUCGUCAGUUAAGCACAUCUGUUGAACCUGAAACAUCCAUGCAGCUGUCUCAAGCUACCACAGAGCUGGCAAAUCUCUCCAAUCAAGUUGGUUCACUGACCAAUCAGGCUACUUUAGUCAAUGAAAGAAAGGCAAAAGCUCAACAAGAGCUCAGACGUAUGAAUGAUCUAAAGGCUUCAAUUCAAUCAAAGAUGGUCAAUUUACGUGCGUCUUAUGAACAAGAGCUGAAGGAAACGGAACAAGCGGAGUCACAACUGGGCCAGUCCCGUUUGGACACUGAAGAACUACAGAGACAGCUCGCCGUUGCCGAAGCCAAUCACCACGCGGUGCAAGGAUCGCUAUCUGAUCUACAGAAGCAGCUGCAAGAAUCUCAACAAAGUAACGCUCAAUUGAAAGAGAAGAUUGGAAGCUUAAAUUCGCUUGCAUCCUCUUUACAAGUUGAAUUGAACGGAAAGCAGCAAAAUGUCAAACAAGAAAGAUCAAUGGUAGAUGUCAACAGCAAACAAAUGGAAUUGAGCGACCUUACGGUGCAAAACUUGAAGUCAGAAAUUGAGGGACUCGAACAGCACAUUGCAAUCUUUAGACAGAAGCACAAGGAGUUGAAUGACUACAGUUCAACACUAGAAACUCAACACGGCGAGUUGAACUCAAGACAUCAGCAGCUCGAAAGUCGACACGCGGACCUCAGCCGUCGAGACAAAGAGCUGCAAGAGAGAAAUCAGGAAAUUGAGAAUCAGGAACGAGUCUACCAUCAAGAGAUCGCUAAGCUCCAAAGUAUGUUCGAAGACUUGAACGCACAAAGAGAAUCACUUGCCAAGGCAGACGAUGAUCUACAAAGUCAACAACUUCAAUAUGCUCAAAAAGUACAAGAGCUCUCAGAAAGGCAGAUGAAACUAGCUAUGGGAGAAUUACCCGAGGACGCCGAUGAAAUAGUGAAAAACAAGCGUGAUUUCUCGCCCAAACAAGAUCACAUUGCCAGAUACGUUGACGAAAGUGUAACAAACUCGCGACUUGGAGCUCAGGAGGACGAUGAAAACAAACAAGAAUCUGACGUUUUUGACAAAGACAUUCCAACUGCGGGGUCUCAAACUGAAGUUGAUGAAGAGGAUGGGAGAACUCACGACGACAUAAGCGCUGCUCAAGCUCUUGCCGACAGGUUUGACGGCGAUCUGAACGAGUAUGGCAUACCCAGGACGGAGUCUGUCACAUCUUCAGUCUUGAACAACCCCCCACAGUCCGUAUGUGACUAUCCUGAAGGCGAUUUGAACACUGCCACUGCCUCUGGUAGCCACAUUCCACCCGCUUCGGUUGGUGAGGAUAACACGACCACCGAUGACGUGGAGAAUACGAUGCCAGGUGGUUGGGCCGACGCUCAAAGUGAAGGAAUUGAGGACCCCAAAACUGUGAAGGGACCUGCCCCCACUUCUCCUGACCAGGACUCAGAGGUGGAGACCAUCAACAAAACCGCGGAUGAAGUCAAAGAUGACUCUGCAAAAGCUGCCGAGGUGACUAUAGAUGAUGAGUUUCCUCCUAUACAAGAGUUGGACAUUGAAGAAAGUGAUAGCUCAGAUGAGGAAGAGAAUAGUUUUCAAGAUUCUAAAGAUUUCACUGAACCCAAGAGUUUGAGAAUUCCUGACAAGGGUCCAGAACGGGAGGUGCCUGCUAAGGCAUCAGUGAUUGCGGUUGGUAACGUCAAUGCGAUCCCGACAGUUGGCGAGGGAAGUACCAAGAGCGUACCCGCUGAAAAAGAGGUAGGAGAUUUCGAUGACGAAUUUGACGGUUUGGAACAGGCCGCUCCCGAAGAAGAUGACGCUGACGGUGCAGGGGAUUCGAAUGACAACGACUUUCAGGAGGACUUUGAACGCAUUGAGCACAAGGAUCUAGAUGAUGAACUCCAUCAAGGAGGUUUCACUGGGGUAUCAACUCGAGAAACUCAAGCAACGAGUCCAGACGCAGCUUCGGCAGUAGGUGCAGAUGAAUGGGAUGAGAUCUUUGCUGGAUUCGGGAACUCUAAGCAAGGUUCGGUCCCGGUGGUUCAGCCGGAGCCUGUCCCAAUCAAACAGCCUGUUCCUACGAAGUCGAGCGUAGAUCCUGUAAGUGCGCCAAUCAACCGCGGGAUUGCGACGACUCCCAAGUCCUUGGCCGUGGAGGAGCUUGCGAGCAUGGGAUUCUCGACGGAAGAGGCCACCAAAGCGUUGGAACAAUGUAACUGGGAUCUUGGCACCGCUACCAACCAUCUUCUGGACAGUUCCUGA